AUGUGUUCAAGAGGUCAAGGUAUCAGAGAAACCGUGAGGGUUCUGCUCACCCUCUUAGCUGACUGCAACUGUCCGCAUAUUCCUAGUGAGUCCUUUCGUCUAGCCAAAUUCAACAAGCCAGAGGCCCUGGAGCCCUUCUGGAGAACUCUUCACCAUCUGGCAUCUCUUCACUUACUGUUGCAGUCUGGUGACCUCAGAGACCUUAGUGAUGCGGACAAAGAUUGCAGCCACUCUAGUGAUAUCCCACACAUAGCUCUCUGUGUGAGGAAACUAGCUCUUGAUCUUGGCUACGAACGACCUCAGUUUUACGUGGAGAGAGUUGGUUCACGAGAACUGUUGCUCUUCUUUGCUUGGUUGAUUCAAGAGGUGUCACUUGUGUCACGGUUACAGAUCUAUCAUGUGUGUGCUGCUCUCCACACCAUGUCCAUUCCGUUGUCUCCCUCCAAAACAUUUCUCCUGGACAGCUUCGAGACCCACACGGCCUCUUUCGAUGCACAGUUAGAGGCACUCGUAUCUUCUGCUGCUAACUCCUCCUCUCUUGAAGGCACUCUGAGAAAGAUUCAGUGGCUGAAGGGGACACUCACAGGGAGCGGGAGGUCUGUAGAGAACGCCCACAGAGCAGCUGUUAGACUCUCACACAACAUCCUCCAUUCUACAAGGAGCCAAGCAAAGAGGGCAUCCGGACUCAGUCUACACGACCUGUUCCUCUUGAGAUACCCAGAUCAGCUGGCAGCCUGUGUGAAGAGACUGGAGUGGCAUGUGAGUUGUCUGGAGGGGCUAGCUAGAUGGAGGCAGCACGAGACCCUCUUCUGGCAGUGGAUGGAGAGUGUCCUGGACAUACUGCUGGCCCACCCCCAACAACCAGAUGGGGAUAACGAUGAUGAUGAUGAAUCUGUGGAGUUAGGUGAGGGCGAUAAGCUGAAGGGAGAGGUGUAUCAGUGUCAGCUGAAACUGAGCAGUGCAAUAGGCGAGUGUCUUCAAAAGUUUGGAGCAAGCAGGGAAUCAAGUCUCAAGUGCAAGGAGCCAAACAAGACUAAACAACAACUCUAUCUCGAAGGAGUGGCUGUAGAGAACAGUCUGCUGCGUCACAGUAUACCAGCUCAACGACAGCUGCCUCAAGCUAGUAUGACGGAGUCUCCCCACAAUCAGAGGGAGAUUGGAGGAGAACUGAGGAGACUACAGGCCAGACUGCUGGAGGAAGAGAGGUCCUUGCACUCACUCCAGGCCUCCUUUGCUGCAUGUAUUGUGUAG